GCGCAGAGCAGCGUGUCAGCAGGCUGCCGGAAUUUGUCUUUUCUUUAUUAAAAAUUAAAAGGAAGGAAGGAAAGAAAGAAAGAAAAGACAAACUGCCGUCAUUGUCACUGUGAAGAGCUGCGGGUUGGUGCAGGGAAUAUAACUCACUGUUUCUUUACUGCAUUUGAUCAGAGCUGCAAAAGAGUUUUGGAUAACAAACCUGCUGGUCCAGGGAAUCGAACCAGCAACCUUUUGGUCCCAGAGCUGCUUCUCUAACCAUUAAGUUAAAAAAAAAAAAACUUCGCCCUUAAACUAGAGUGGUGGUGUGUGUGAGAUGAUGAAGGCAGAUCUGGAGGAUGUGGAGGAGAGCUGCAGUUCAGCUAUUCAGUGUCGGGACGUGUGUCGCUCCUACGGCAAGCUGCGAGUCCUCAGCAGCCUCAAUCUAACUGUACCUCAGGGCCAAAUUUACGGCUUGCUGGGCCCCAGCGGUUGUGGGAAGACCACUCUGCUGAAGUGCAUCGUAGGAACUCUGAAGAUCUCUCGAGGUCACAUCAGCGUGCUCGGGAAGCCACCAGCGUUCCCCGGACAUGAGGUGCCUGGAAAGAUGGUGGGAUACAUGCCACAGGAUAUAGCGCUGUAUAAUGAGUUCACCAUCAGCGACACACUCUGGUUCUUUGGCCGAAUCCACGGCCUCUCGUCCAAAGAGACGGUGGAGCGGAUGAAGUUCCUCAUUGAAUUUCUGGACCUGCCACAGAAGAGUAGCCUCGUCAAAAACCUCAGUGGGGGUCAGCGACGUCGUGUUUCUCUCAGUGCUGCUCUUCUUCAGAACCCUCGCCUCCUCAUCCUCGACGAGCCCACAGUAGGAGUGGAUCCUGUUCUACGAGCCAAAAUAUGGCAGCACCUGGUGGAGAUUGUGAAAGGAGGACAGGUAUCCGUCAUCAUCACUACACACUAUAUCGAGGAAGCCAGACAAGCCAACACGGUGGGGUUAAUGAGGAAUGGGAGGCUGCUGGCUGAAGCCAAACCAGAGGCAAUCAUGAAGCAGCACAACGCAGCCACCUUGGAGAGUGCUUUUCUACAGCUUUGUGAAGACUCUGAUCAAAUGGGGUCCCAGGACAGCUCUCAGGGUCCUGUCCGCAGUAACAGCCUGUCUCCAGACAACCUGAAGGAUGAGUGCAGAGAGCCCAUUUUGGGGAAGGAUGUAUCGGCAGCAUCAGAUAUCCCCAAACCUAAAGCGGACUGGAAGGUGAAAGCACGACACGUCAUUCCAAAAUGGCGAAAUAUCGUAGCAUUGACGAUCAAGACCAUGGUGCGAAUGAGGAGAAAUCCAGGUUCGCUGUGUUUUCAGUUCCUCUUGCCUGUGAUUCAAAUCUGUCUGAUGUGUUUGUGUAUCGGCGGUGAUCCCAAGGGUAUUGAUGUGGCUGUGGUGAAUAACGAAACCAGCUCGAGCGCCUACAGCCGCUCUCUCCUUUCUUUCCUCGACAACACCAGCAUCCACCAGGUGAACGUCUCCCAUUCUGCGGCUUUUGAAGGCAUCCGUAACGGGGAGUACUGGGGCAUCAUCGAGUUUGGAGAGAAUUUCACCAGUUACCUGACCAGGAGGAUAUUACAACCGAAAGUCUCCAGAGACAUUGUCGAAGGGGGGUCCAUCCACGUGUGGCUCGACUUGACCAAUCGACAGAUAGGAAUAAUGCUACAAAAGAAGCUGCAUGAAGCGUUUCAGGCUUUCGUUGAAAGUAAGCUGGGCAGUCAGGCCUACCUAGUGUCUGUUCCAGUCAAGUUCGAGGAGCCAAUAUACGGCAGUCAGAACACUACAUUCACUACAUUUGUGACUCCAGGAGCUGUUCUGAGCAUCACUUUUUACCUGGCGGUGGGACUCACUGCUCUGUCCUUUGUCCUGGAGAGGAAAGAGGGGCUGUUGGACAGGUGCUGGGUUGCAGGCGUGAGUUCUUUAGAGACCAUGCUGGCACAUCUCUUCUCUCAGCUGUUGGUCAUCAGCGUCCAGAUCAUCCUGCUCCUGCUCUUUAUCCUGCUCGUCUUUAAGAUUCCCAACGAGGGCUCCUUGGUCCUAGUCAUCUGCCUGAUUGUUCUCCAGGGUGUGACUGGAAUCUCCUUUGGAUUGGUCAUUUCCUCCGCCAUUGAUGACGAGCAAUCGGCCAAUCAGGCCGCUCUCGGCAUCUUCUACCCCAAUCUCAUCAUCAGUGGUGUCAUUUGGCCAGUGGAGUGUAUUCCGUAUCCGCUGCGAUACCUGAGUCUGGCGUUGCCUCAGACGUACGCAUCUGAAGCCCUGCGAUGCAUUAUGUACCGAGGAUGGGGUCUGUCUCGCAUGAUGGUGUGGCGCGGCUUCGCCGUCACGCUCGGCUGGAACACGUUCUUCCUCAUGCUGGCCACCAUCAUCCUCAAGCUGAGGACCUGAGGGACGCCAGCUACGUGAAGGAGCUUCAGAUCAUGGAGAGAGGCAUCAGGCGAGUCCUAGGCUUCGUGGAGAAGACCAGGCCUUCCUCUCACUCUCACUCUCUCUCUCUCUCUCUCUCUCUCACUCUCGUUUUUUUUUUUUUUAAAUGAAGGAGCUCUCAUGAGUGGAAGAAUAAUGAUCACCUAAGGCUGCCGGUCAGAGUUCAACUUUAACCUGAAGGCUACGUCAGAGUAGCCGAUCAGGUUCUUUUUUUUUUUUAAAUGAGGACCAGAACCAGAACCAGUCACCUCAGGGAAAGAAUGGAUUCUGUUUCUGCAUCCAUAGCAUUCCACCAGCAAGUGUAAUACUUCAAAUUCAAUGAUAUGUUCAUUCAUGGAAUUUACUUCUAUUAUAUGCGCGUGUUCUCAUUAGUACAGACCACGCUCUUGACUACACUCAAGACUCUGCCAAAAACAAUCACAUGAAGUACUGAUCGUCACCCUGUGCUGAACUUUCCUGAACUUCAAGAACUCAGAAACCUUGACAUACGUCUUCUGGAUGGACAAUCCAUCAUCUGGAUGCAUUUUAAAGCUUUCUGUUUGUGUCGUUUGGUUCAUUCACAGCUAUCGUAUUGUAAUGUUGAAGUAUUACAGUAUAUAGUCAAUUUUAUAGUAUUAUAUAAUCAAGUUUAACCCUUUAGUUGCUUUAUUCAUGGGCUUUACCGUACGUGUGAGUUAUGUUCUUGUUAUUUGUGGUGUUUAUUUCAUGAUAAGCUCACCUGUCAUUCAGACUCAGUGAGUGGGAUCAGCUGUGAAUAUUAGCUUCUGACAGAAUAAGAUCAAUAAUAUUUCUAAAGCACAUGGUCUCAGGACCGAAGUUCACGAGUCAUGGGUGAAGACUGUACGUUCGUUUCCCUCAUGUCUUCCAGAUAAGGAGUUGAGUCACAAUCGGAACCAGAUGACCUCUAUGUAGGGCCUAAAGCUUUACGCUUGACAAUUUUGCUAUCUCAUAUUGUAUUUUAGAACGCAUGUGACGUGAUGACCACCGGUCCCAUUGCGACCAAAGACAAAGUUCUGUCAGUGUUUGAAAAGGGGUGGGCGAUCUAAUGAUCUUAUAUUGUGGACGAUCUUAAUUCAGAAUACAAUCUGCUUUUCAGAGGAAUGGUAUAAAUUGCAUCAAUAGAUAGAUGGAUAGACAGCGGCGCUGUCCAGACAUUCCUACUCCACAUGGACUUCGCAAAAGCAUGAUUGGUUGUUGCAGAAUUCGGACAACGCUCAGCGGACGUGCUACGCAUCUUGGAGGUGUAGCUUAUUUUGUAAACAGAAGACAACAUGGUGGACGAAGAAUAGCGCCAAGUAGACCAUCAUUUUGAAAGAAGCGGCGGAAAUACCGGUACGAAUCACUUCCUGUCAGAACUUUAGAACAAGAAGAGAUUUGUGAGUUGUGAGUUAAAGUGACCGGCUUUGUAUCCAGGCACAACGAAUCAUGUGAUCACAUGAGUUCAACUAAAUCAGGAUUCAGAUCAUGGAUCAUGAUUGUAGUCCAAAAUAUCGUCAUAUGAUCUUUUGGCCAGAUCACCCAGUUUAAAAUCUCAGAUACGGAACGCCGCUAUAACUUUCGUCCAGUAGGAUUAUGCGAAACUCACAGGACAGCAACAAAUACGGUAUUGUCAAUGGUAAAACAUGCUAAAGGACAGAAAAACAUCCUUAUUACCUCAAGCUUACAUUGAAAUAUGUUUCUGUGUACGCGAGCUCAUUUUCUUGACAGGUCUAGAUCAUGAUGAUUAAUCGAAAUCAGCCUGGAACAGUGCGACAAGUAAUGAUCUAUUUAAAAAUGGCGUAAUAUGUACAUAAUAAUGUUAGCUAGUUAACAACAGUUAAUAUUGCUAACGAACUUGGUCAAGCACUGUAAAGAUACACGAUCAUGCUCUUGAUUUCACUCAGCAAAGCGCUUUGCUACAUUGACCUUUGAACUGUCAGUUACCUUGAACAAGCUCACUCGCAUUCGCAAGACUUACCAAUCGUCCAUAAAUCAUGAAAAAGAACAGCUAGUGCCGCCCACCAAAGUUGAUUGACAGCUGAUCUUAAACAGGGAAGGAAAUAAAAACGACUAAGAUUUUAAUUUAAUUGCAUUUAAGUAUUCAUUUAUGAAGGAUUUUGUUUUAAAGACGACCAUUAUUUUGUUUUAUUUUGCAUAUAAAAUAGAAAUGUAUGUUGCGAUGUUGCUAUCUUUUCUUGUACCUCCUCAUGCUGGCCAAAGGAGGUGCUGUAUAUCAACCUCAAGAGCUCUAAUCAUGUAUGUGAAGAUCUUUUUUUGCUAUAUUUGAGGUUGUUUUAACAAUCUUGAUUGCGUCAAGUGUUGUGAACUGUGGGGGGAAAAUGUGCACGUUUACAUUAUUCUUGUGACCGAACCUGCAAUCAUUGUGAGCUGUGAAAAAAAAAGGAGAAAUGCAAGGAGGCAAUGCAUGUGGACUGAAAAGAGCUUGCCAGGGCUGCCUGCACAAAGAUACCAGCCUUGUGCCAGCUACAAUCACUACUGUGGCAUCUUACUGUAUGUUGAAAGAUGUACUAUGAAGGAAUGGUUUUUAUAAAGGUGUCUAUACAAGAA